AAAAGAAGAAAAUUUCAAGUGCAUGUGAGAGAGUAGGAAAAAUUAGGAAGAGACUUUGAGCAGCUAUUGCUUUGUCUUCUACCUCUUUAAGAAACUCUCUCUCUCUCUCUAUAUACCAAAAUCCCCAAAUCGUGAAAAAUUAGGGUUUCAAGUUUUUGAGAACGCAGAGAGAGAGAGAGAGAAAUGAGUGCUUCAAGGUUUAUUAAGUGUGUGACCGUCGGCGAUGGCGCUGUCGGAAAGACUUGUCUGCUCAUCUCCUACACCAGCAACACCUUCCCCACGGAUUAUGUGCCAACUGUGUUUGAUAAUUUCAGCGCCAAUGUGAUUGUGGAUGGGAACACUAUCAACUUGGGGUUGUGGGAUACCGCAGGACAAGAAGACUACAAUAGACUAAGACCUUUGAGCUAUCGCGGCGCAGAUGUCUUCUUGCUUGCAUUCUCACUCGUCAGCAAAGCUAGCUAUGAAAAUGUUUCUAAAAAGUGGGUUCCUGAACUGACACAUUAUGCUCCUGGUGUUCCCAUCAUCCUCGUUGGAACCAAGCUUGAUCUUCGAGAUGACAAGCAAUUCUUCGUCGAGCACCCUGGUGCUGUGCCUAUCUCUACUGCUCAGGGUGAAGAACUAAAGAAGCUGAUUGGGGCACCUGCUUAUAUCGAAUGCAGUGCAAAAACACAACAGAAUGUAAAAGCCGUGUUUGAUGCGGCUAUCAAAGUUGUUCUCCAGCCACCCAAAAACAAGAAGAGGAAGAAGAGAAAAUCUCAGAAAGGCUGUUCUGUAUUGUGAUUCAACAAGGAGAAAGGAAUCAACAGGAGAAUUAGAGCCACAAGUAUUUUUUGUUUUUCCUUUUUCAUAUAACUUGUUUUCUUCAAGGAAGCAGGAUGAAUCUGUUGUUUGUAUUUGUAGUCUGAAGCAUUGACAAAAUCAGAAGAAACUAGUAACAAGUAUUUGUAUUCUUGUUUU